AUGCGGUCGGCUCUUGUGGCCUCGGUCCUCUUUUUGGCUGCCCAUGUACCCACGACCGCUGCCUAUGACGAAGUUUACAACGGAUGCUACUCGAGCUCAACGCCCUUGGAAGACCAAGGAUCAUACACCUACCAAAGUAACGGAUAUUGCCAGAAGUUAUGCUUGAAGGAUAACUACGCCGUGUUUGCACUCCACAACAAACAAGACUGUCUCUGCGGAAAUGAACUACCGGCCUCUUCGGACAAAGUAUCGGAUGACGAAUGCAAUCUGUCGUGUGCUGGCUGGCCAUCGGUCAUGUGUGGCGGUGCAAACACAUAUUCGGUCUAUCUAACAGGUAUUGAGGACGACGUGGAUAACUACUCUUCCUCGAGCAGUACUUCCAGCAAGGGCACCGAAGGGACGUCGACUUCGACAACACAGACACCCACAGUCCAUGCCGUCACGAGCGGCGGGCAAACAGUCUAUGUUACCGAAGCUCCUGCCACUCAUUCCGCUAGUGCAAGCGCUACCCCAACCGAGAAGUCAAAAAGCUCAAGUGCGAACACUGCUGCGAUUGCGGCAGGUGUUGUCAUCGGAGUAGUCGGCCUGUGUGCGCUCAUCGGUGCUGGGUUCUUUCUCUGGCGUUUCAAGAACCGUAAAUCGGUGGAAGCGCAAUAUCGUCGGAGUGUUGGCGUGGACGGUUACGGACAACCCAUGGCACAGGGCAGUGACUCCCGAUUCGAUGGUGAUUUCAUGGCUCAAAAACGGCAAAGUAACGGCAGUAUCGACGAUGAUCAAGACUUCUCCCGUCGUAUCCUGCAGGUAACCAACCCCGACCGCCGCUAA